AUGUUCAAAAAAGUGAACACAAUGGAGCGGAUCCUGGGGUGGUACAGCACGGGGACUGCAGCAAAACCCCAGGACCUUCAAAUCCACGAAAUCUUUCGAAAACAUACUCCAAACCCUUUCUACCUUCUCGUCGACGUCGAGCCCAAGGACAUGGUGGUGCCGGCGAAGGCUUACUGCACAAUUGAAGAGCCAACGAACUCGAAGGCCUUUAGAAAGUCUUUUGUUUAUGUUCCUUGCACAAUUGGGGCUUAUGAGGCUGAAGAGGUUGGAGUUGAGCAUCUUCUAAGAGACACUAAAAACGCAUCCACUUCGACACUCGCAACAAAAGUGGAAGACAAACUAGAAACGAUGAAGAUCUUGGCGAGGAAGUUAAAAGAUGUUGCAGAUUAUUUAAAUGAUGUUGCAGCAGAGAAGCUGCGGGCAAACCCCACCAUCAUUUACACUGUGCAAGAGAUCUUCAAUUUGCUGCCGGACACUUCUCGCCCCGAACUGGUUAAAGCCUUUGCGACGCAAACUAACGACAGCAUGAUGACGCUUUACCUUGCUAGUGUUGUUCGCUCGGUGUUGGCGCUGCACAACUUGAUUGACAACAAGAUCCGAAACAAGAGAGAUGCGGAGCUGAAGGAGAAGGAAUCGGCAACGGCUGAGGAGGAGAAGCACAAAAAGGCAGAGGCGGAGACGCGGGCGUGA